AUGCCAAGGUGGAUAAGAUCAACAUUGAAUCAUAUUUUACCAAGGAGGCCGUUCAUCUGUAGUUUUAACAGCUUUUUUUUACUUAAAAACCUAUCAUACCCCAAACUAUCGUUUUCUAUGAGCAGCCGAGGUUACAGGUCCAACAACUUUAUUCAAGCACAACUGAAGCAUCCUUCCAUACUUUCAAAAGAAGACCUAGAUUUACUUUCUGAUUCAGAUGACUGGGAAGAACCUGAUUGCAUGCAGGUAGAAGUUGAAGAGGUAAAUGAGAAAAGUACUCUUGAUAUAAAUGAAGACGAUCGAGUGGGAAAAAGGCCUAUGAGGGAUAAAAAUGUCAUGAAUUUUAUCAAUAAGGACGAUAUUUCGUCCUGGAACGAUAUUUUCAAACCCAGUACAACUCAUAGACUACAACUUUCUUCUGAGAAUUCAUUUGAUCAGAGUAGCCAAAAAAAAACAAAUAUGACAGGCUUCAAGAACCCAAUGAAGCCAGCAUUAAAAGCGGAGUGCUCAUUUGAGGAACUUCAAAAUAGCUUUGUAUCUCAAGAGAGAAGUCUGGAAAUUAUAAAUGAGAAUGAAAAAAAGAAAAUGCAAUUCGGGGAAAAGAUUGCUGUUUUAACUCAAAGGCCGAGCUUUACUGAACUGCAGAAUGAUCAAGAUGACCGUAACUCAAAUUUUCCUAGUAAUGUUAAGGUUAAAAUACCGAUUUGUUUAAGCAAAGAACAAGAAAGUAUCAUUAAAUUGGCAGAAAAUGGGCACAAUAUUUUUUAUACAGGGAGUGCUGGUACUGGUAAGUCCAUACUUUUACGUGAAAUGAUCAAAGUAUUGAAAGGUUUAUAUGGAAGGGAAAAUGUGGCAGUCACUGCUUCUACAGGAUUAGCCGCUUGUAACAUCGGGGGAAUAACUAUACAUUCAUUUGCUGGGAUAGGAUUGGGAAAAGGUGAUGCAGAUAAACUCUACAAGAAGGUUCGUAGAUCUCGAAAGCAUUUAAGACGUUGGGAAAAUAUCGGUGCUUUGGUUGUCGAUGAAAUAUCAAUGUUAGACGCGGAAUUGUUGGACAAGCUUGAUUUUAUUGCCAGAAAAAUACGGAAAAAUCAUCAACCCUUUGGUGGGAUUCAACUUAUCUUUUGUGGAGAUUUUUUUCAACUACCACCUGUAUCGAAAGAUCCUAAUAGACCAACUAAGUUUGCUUUCGAGUCAAAGGCUUGGAGGGAAGGUGUAAAAAUGACCAUCAUGCUACAAAAGGUUUUUAGACAACGCGGGGAUGUAAAGUUUAUCGACAUGUUGAACCGCAUGAGACUGGGUAAUAUUGAUGAUGAAACAGAAAGAGAGUUUAAAAAGCUUUCAAGGCCAUUACCGGACGAUGAAAUCAUUCCGGCGGAACUCUACAGUACUAGAAUGGAAGUUGAAAGAGCGAAUAAUUCUAGGCUAAGCAAAUUGCCAGGUCAGGUACAUGUGUUUAAUGCCAUCGAUGGUGGUGCUUUAGAAGACGAAGAGCUAAAGGAAAGACUGUUGCAGAAUUUUUUGGCCCCAAAGGAAUUACAUUUGAAAGUUGGUGCCCAAGUUAUGAUGGUAAAGAAUUUAGAUGCAACUUUAGUUAACGGUUCUCUUGGUAAAGUUAUCGAAUUUAUGGAUCCAGAAACAUAUUUUUGCUAUGAGGCGCUAACCAAUGACCCAUCAAUGCCCCCAGAAAAGCUUGAGACUUGGGCUGAAAAUCCAUCGAAAAUUAAAGCUGCAAUGGAAAGGGAACAAAGCGAUGGGGAAGAAAGUGCAGUUGCUAGUCGUAAAUCCUCAGUAAAGGAAGGAUUUGCUAAAAGUGAUAUAGAUGAUGCUGUUUCUCCACUAGACUCUUCAGUGUUUGACUUCAUGAAAAAAGUUAGGACAGAUGACGAAGUUGUAUUAGAGAAUAUCAAACGCAAGGAACACUUAAUGCAGAUUAUACACCAAAAUUCUGCGGGAAAACGGAGACUCCCUCUUGUGAGAUUCAAAGCCUCUGACAUGAGCACCAGGAUGGUGCUUGUCGAACCAGAAGAUUGGGCAAUAGAAGAUGAAAACGAAAAGCCAUUAGUAUCAAGGGUUCAACUGCCACUAAUGCUUGCUUGGUCAUUAUCCAUCCAUAAAUCUCAGGGUCAGACUCUUCCAAAAGUUAAGGUGGACUUACGAAGAGUAUUUGAAAAAGGUCAAGCGUACGUCGCACUUUCUCGAGCUGUUUCAAGAGAGGGCCUGCAGGUCUUAAAUUUUGACAGAAGUAGAAUAAAAGCCCAUCAAAAAGUAGUUGAUUUUUAUUUAACCUUAUCUUCAGCGGAAAGUGCCUAUAAGCAACUUGAGGCAGAUGAACAAAUGAAGAAAAGGAAGCUAGACUAUGCACCAGGACCUAAAUAUAAGGCUAAACCCAAAUCAAAGUCGAAUUCUCCAGUACCUACAUCGGUAACAACCCAGAAUAAUAGUGGUAUUGCAGCCAUGUUGCAAAGACAUAGCAGGAAGAGGUUUCAGCCAAGAAAAGAUUCCAAUGUUAACGGAGCUCAUUCACUAGUUUCCGAUGAACCUCAUCGUCAAGACACGGAGGACCACAUCUUAGAAUAA